AUGGUAUCAAAUGAUAUCGACUCAGCCAUUGCCCCCUUCUCCUACACAACCCUUGAUGCAAUAGAUGAAAAACUUCAGUCCCAAUGUAUUGUUGUCCAUCUACUGCGGACGUGGGAAGCCCNUAAUUUUAAAGAGAACAAUUGUUUGCUCAGUGUCAAUUGCUUCCUUGUCGAUGAGNAGAAUGCAUCAAUCCAGGCAUCNAUCCACCCCCGUCGACUACACAAGUUUAGGAAUAAGCUUAAAGAGGGGAAGAUCUUCUCCAUAACCGCAUUUGAUGUCAAGCAAAACCUUAACUGCUACCGGUUAACUGAUCAUCCAUUUAAAAUCUACUUCAAUGACCAUACAGCUUUGGAAGAUGUGAAUGGUGACCAACACAACAUUCCCCAUGAGUAUUUCCGUAUCCGUCCAUUUGCAGACCUUCAAAUGAUGGUAAACAAAGGAGAGCACUUACCAGAUGUUAUUGCACAAGUGACAUGCAUCAAGACUUCACAGAAGGUGGACGAGACAAAGACUCCUCCUAGGACUNCCUUAAAUCUUACUCUUGCAUGUACUUUUGACAGUGGUGAGACUGCUUAUAUAUCGGUAUGGGAAAAACUCGCACACCAGCUUAGUGAAGAACUUGUCAAACUAAAAGACGCACCUCUUCUUGUCAUUGCAACUGGCGUGAACCCAAGAGCUGUUGGUGGUAAGCCAAAUAUAUCUCAACGCGACCGCGUCGACUCGAAUUUUCUUCAACCUAGAAACAUGAUCAGUAAAGACUUCCGGCAAAGCACAUACUAUAAAAACACUCUUCUCCCUACGAGCGUUGAUGGAACUGNAGAGUCCAUUCCUACUGAUGUUCAAAGUAUUGGGNAAAUUUUGGCNUUCNNCAACGACAAGGGAGGCAACCCCAAGAUGUUUUGGUGUAAGGCGAAGGUGGUCGACGUGAUAUUAACCAGUGGGUGGUUCUUUAUCGCAUGCACUCGCUGUUCUAACAAAAUGACUAAAAGCGGAGGAAAAAUUACUUGUGAAACUUGUCCUACUGUUCAAGCCGUUGGGGUGCUUAGGUACCAUAUUGAGGUUAUCGUGGAAGAUGAUAAUGAUACUUCCACAUUUGUUAUUUUCGAAAAAGCUGGUGAAAAGUUGUCGAAGACAACUGCAUUUGACCUUGCUGCGAAGAGUGCUGAAGCACAGAAUGGUGAUUUUGGAGAUAGAGUUCCACAAGCCAUUCAUGAUAUUGUUGGAAGAGUUUUGUUCUUUUAUGUCAAAGUGUCAGAGUAUAACUUCACUGCUAAAUAUCAUAGUUUUCCAGUUUAUGAUGUCUCACUGCCUACCAGUGUUGUCACCAAAAAGCGGCGCGAGACAUGUGAACCCAGUAGUCAAAACAAAUUUACAAAGGUAACCAUCGGCACAGCAAGUAAUGCAAAAGUGGGAAUGGAAUCGGAAUGUCAUGAGUCUAAGAAAUCCCGCACUAAUAGAAGAAACAAAGCCCAAAUUAUUCUUGAUGAGCUCAAAGAGUAG